AUGUCAUGUCCCUUAAUAUUUGAAGAGACUCUAGUAUUUAUAGAGAUUGAUGAGCAGUUACGAUUGUUCCCGUUGUACACCGUGGCUGGACCAUGUGCAACUGUUGACAUUGACUCCACAGUGGCCACAACAAAUUGGUUGCCCGAGGGACUCCAUUACUUGCUUCCACCGCAGGUUCAGCCAAAUAUGAAAAAGCUAGGACUCGCUGGCCAUAGCCGUGGAGGCAAGGCUGCUUUUGCACUUGUUCUUGAAAAAGCAGCAACUUCUGUAAAGUUCUCUGCUCUAAUAGGCAUUGGCCCAGUUGAUGGACUAGGCAAAGGUUUACAGACCCCUCCGCCAGUACUCACCUAUGUUCCUCAUUCAUUUGACCUUGACAUGCCUGCAAUGGUCAUUGGUACAGAAUUGGGUGAAAUUGGAAAUACUCUUCCAUUUUGUGUUACUCUUCCUGCUCCUGCUCCUAAGGGAGUUAACCAUGAGGAUUUCUUCAAUGAAUGUCGGAAACCGGCUUGUCAUUUUUUUGUGAAGGACUAUGGCCAUUGUGAUAUGUUAGAUGAUGAUAUCGGGUUGCUUGUUGGGAUAGCUAUAAAUGUUAUGUGUAAGAGUGGGAAGUCUAGGGAACCCAUGAGGAGGUUUGUUGGAGGAAUUGUUGUUGCAUUCAUGAAAGCUUAUCUGCUAGAUGAUAACAGUGACUUAAUGGCUAUAAGAGAUGGGCAGGAGACUACACUGGUGGAGCUCAAAACUAUUGAAUUUCUUGAGUGAAAUUUAAUUCUAGGGGCUGCUACAAGCGAAGAAUAGAUUUAAUGUUCUAUUAUUUAUAACAUUUGUGCUCUUGCUGAAAUUCAGAUCUAGAGUUUCAAUAAAACUACUAUUACUCUUUGAACAAGCA